AUGUUUGAUAAUGCUGUGAAAUAUACAAUCCGACCCAUCUCUUCAUAUUUUCGUCCCUCGUCCUCGUCACAUCCGUCGUCUUUCGUUUCUCGGUUGGUGCUUGCUUCACUUUCAACAAGUUCGUCUCCUUACUCUCGCGUUGCGCCUCCUACUUGCCAGGCUGCCUACCGCCCUACCUCCCUUCAUCGAGCCGACCACACCAACAACCUCAACAUGACGGUAUCCGCGAUACCCUCGCCCGAGGAACUCCCCCAUCUCUGGCAGAGGCCAGCCUACACCACCCUUCUCGAUGUCCUUCAGCGCCUCCGUCAAGAGCCUCGGAUCUGGGGUCUCAAGGAGUCUCGGGAAGAGAUUCUCAAGGCGCAGGCGGCCAGCAUGGCGGAGGCGGCCUUCAACCGGCAAGAGAUCAUCUCUUUUCUCUCAAGCAUCAUCAAGAGCGGUUUGCCAUGGCUCGACAAUGACGAACAGCGGGAGGAUAUUUGGGAGGAGGCGAGCAGGCGGUUGGCGGAGAGGUGUGGCCGGACAGCAAUGGGCGAGAUCAUCCGCCGGUGGCCCUUUCGGGAUGAGAACAUUGGCGACUUCGACCUAGCCAUCCGAGAGCCUCCCCUCACUGGUGACUCACUCGGUCUCAAGACGUGGGGAUCAUCCUACGUGCUCGCGCAGCUUCUCCCGCAGUUUUCGGCUGGUCCCCUAGCUCAUCUCUUUGUGGGAGACGAGCCUCUGGACGUGCUGGAGCUUGGAUCCGGCACUGGUCUCCUGGGUAUAGCGGCCGCCUGUCUCUGGGUAGCCAAUGUGGCCCUGACCGACCUGCCCAACAUUGUUCCCAAUCUAUCGCACAACGCCGAGCUAAAUCGGGAAACGGUGGCGGCGCACGGUGGCAAAGUCGAGGCGGCUGCGUUGACCUGGGGGAGCGAUGAUUAUGAGGAUGACAGUCAUCCGCGGUUUGGGGAAGGAAACCGUUAUAAGCUCAUCAUUGUAGCGGAUCCCCUAUACGAUGACAAUCACCCGGAUCUUCUCUCCUCCGCCAUCGAUGCGCAGCUCUCCCUUGAGAGUGACGCCAGAUUGCUGGUGAUGGUACCUCAAAGAGACGAGACCACGAAGGGGUUGACCAAUUCUCUUCGUUCCAAAUUAGAACAAGCGAGCAGUCCCCUGACGUUAGUCGAGGAUGCUAUGGCCGCUGGUGAGGAUGAUUGGGGCGAGGGAGAGACAGACGAGGCAGACCGUGUUGGGUUCUGGUGGGGAAUUUAUCGGCGAGAGAGGCCUUCUUGGUAA